AUGUUGGCGUCUUCGCCUUCGCCUUCAACGGCUGCGUUGCGCUCCCCGCUUCCUUCAACUUCGGGGUCGCAUUCCCACUAUGAGCCUACUGGCGCUCCACAAUUCAAUAGUCCUCGAUCCUCGCGUCUGGCCAUUGACGAACUUCGUUCAGCCUUGAAUCGACAUACUGUCGAUCCUACCUCUCCUGAAACUUCAGAUCUUCAACGCAGGCGCGCAUCUACAUCCGACACUCUGAAGACCCUGGUCAACAAUUCGGCCUUGGCUUCGACACCCCAAUCGACUUCUUCCGCUGUGACUGCAACCACUCCGGCGACCGCCACAUCUACAAAUCCACCCCCAACUUCCUCCCCCGCCCCCUCGAUGCCCGCCCCUACCCCUGGUUCCAACAAGCGCAACAGCCAACGCGACCAUCACUCAUCGGAUGCGACACCGGACUACGAUGGCGAAGAUUUGGAGAGAUCGCAGUCCAAGCGCCUGCGAGCUUCCAAACCAGAUGUCAAGAUGUUGCCCACGCAAUAUGAACUGGCUGACCCCCGUGACAUGGUCGUGCUGAUCUCCAGCAUGCUCAUGGAGCUAAUCCGAUUCAACGACAAGAUCCCACUACACCAGGGUCCGAUUGACAACCCACGCUACUCUCUCCCCCCUAUCCUCCUCAGUAUGGUCUACUACAUCGAUCGACUCUGCGCGUUGUACCCCGCCUUCACUGUUUCCAGCUUGACCAUCCAUCGGUUCCUGAUCACCAGCGCCACAGUUGCCAGCAAGGGACUCAGCGACAGUUUUUGGACCAACAAGACGUAUGCUCGAGUUGGUGGAAUCGGUAUGACUGAGUUAGCCAUGCUCGAACUCGAUUUCUUGUUCCGAGUCGAAUGGCGCAUUGUCCCACAACCGGAAGUGUUGGUGGACUAUUAUCAGAGCCUCGUCGAUCGAUGCGACGGGUUUGAAAUUGAAGGCAUCUGCCAAAAUGGAAGUGCCAAAGCUGGGGUCACCGGCAUUGCUCCAGCAGCCGGUCCUGUUUCAGCAUAA